ACCCUUGUAAAAACCCAUAUAACUCUUCUCAACUCGAUUCAUUACUGAACUGUUUUUUCUUUUAUCUGGUUCGCCGCUAGUGUUUUGUCUUUUAUUAGUUUUCAUUAUCAACCAUCUCUGUUACAUCAUUCCGAUUUGAUUCUUUUUCAUUUGUUUUGUUUUUUGGUCCUGUAACAGUUGAUACAAUGGGAUUUUUGUAUCUUGUCGAUUUGGAUGAAUAUCCAAAAGAGGAUAUCGUCCAUUGUAACAUAUGCGAAACCAGAAUUGGAUUAGCCAACGAUUUCAUUGAUAGCAUAGACUAUGAGAUGACAGUGGUCUUUCAUAAAAUGUAUAAUGUGCAAGUGGACGAAGAGAAAUACCAUAGACAAGUAAAUGGAAAUACCGUAGCUGAUACGUACUGUGUCAAAUGCGGAAUGCUGCUUGGGAUGAAACUUAUUGUAGUCCCUUAUAGCAACCAGACUGUGCAUCAUAGAGAAGGAAACUUUUUGAUGAACGCGCUCGAACUUAUUGAUUGUAAUAAUAAGCUGAUGUAUUUAGAUGAAACUGAAGAAGAUGAAGAGUAUGAAGAACAGGAUGAUGCAGAUGCGAAUGAGCACGAUCAUGAUCAAGGUGGAGGGGCAGAUGAACAGGAUCAUGAUGACGAUGGAGGUGCUAAUGAGCAAGAUCAAGAUGAAGAAGAUGAAGAGUAUGAAGAAGAUGGUGGAGGUGCUAAUGAGCACGAUCAUAAUCAAGGUGGAGGGGCAGAUGAACAGGAUCAUGAUAACGAUGGAGGUGCUAAUGAGCACCAUCAUGAUCAAGGUGGAGGGACAAAUGAUCAAGAUGGCGUUAAUGAACAUGAAGAUAAUGAUGAAGAUUGAGGCACCAACAAACAAAAUGAAGAUGCUGAUUAUACAAUAUAGAUAAUGAGCAAAAAAUUGAUUAUGCUAUUGAACAAGAAGAUGGAGGCUGUUGUAAUUGCACGUAGUGGUUGUGUAUGUCUAAUAAUUUCUGAAAAUUCUGUUUUCAUUUUGGAGACUGAAAACUUACUUGUAAGAUCUACCAUUCUAUAAGUCACGUGUCAA